UGGCCUAAUCUCUUCCGUGGCGAGGAAUUCGGGGCGACGGGACUUGGCCGCGGCCGUUAUUCCCCUCUGGCCUAGCGCUCGCCCUUUUUUGCCGCCAAAAUGCCGCGGAUUAUGAUUAAAGGAGGCGUGUGGCGCAACACAGAAGAUGAAAUUCUUAAAGCGGCUGUGAUGAAAUAUGGCAAAAACCAGUGGUCUCGUAUUGCUUCCCUGUUGCACAGGAAAUCAGCAAAGCAGUGCAAAGCCAGAUGGUACGAAUGGCUCGACCCCAGUAUAAAGAAGACGGAAUGGUCCCGGGAAGAAGAAGAGAAGCUCCUGCAUUUGGCGAAACUUAUGCCAACCCAGUGGAGGACCAUUGCGCCUAUCAUUGGAAGAACAGCUGCCCAGUGCUUGGAGCAUUAUGAAUUCCUUCUGGACAAGGCUGCUCAGAGAGACAAUGAAGAAGAAACUGCUGACGAUCCUCGGAAACUUAAACCUGGAGAAAUUGACCCAAAUCCAGAAACGAAACCAGCCAGGCCAGAUCCCAUCGAUAUGGAUGAGGAUGAACUUGAGAUGCUUUCUGAAGCAAGAGCCCGUCUGGCUAACACUCAGGGGAAGAAAGCCAAAAGGAAAGCAAGAGAGAAGCAGUUAGAAGAAGCCCGGCGCCUGGCCGCUCUCCAGAAGAGGAGGGAACUCCGAGCUGCGGGGAUUGAAAUCCAGAAGAAAAGGAAAAAGAAAAGGGGAGUUGACUAUAACGCCGAGAUCCCGUUUGAAAAGAAGCCCGCUUUAGGUUUUUAUGACACAUCGGAAUGUCUGUGUAAUGUUCUCACCAAAGUACACCUUACUGUGGAAAAAGAAGGAAGAGAACGAAAGAAAGACAAGCAGCAGCUGAAACGGAAGAAGGAAUCGGAUUUGCCCUCGGCGAUACUUCAGACCAGCGGAGUGUCAGAGUUCACCAAAAAAAGAAGCAAGCUGGUCCUUCCAGCUCCUCAGAUUUCAGAUACAGAACUUGAGGAAGUGGUGAAAGUUGGCCAGGCGAGUGAGAUUGCACGUCAGACAGCAGAGGAGUCUGGGAUUAUGAACUCCGCUUCCAGCACGCUCUUGUCCGAAUACAACGUCACCAACAACAGCAUCGCCCUCCGAACACCCAAAACGCCAGCGGCUCAGGAUAGGAUCCUGCAGGAAGCCCAGAACUUGAUGGCCCUUACGAAUGUCGACACACCCUUGAAAGGCGGCCUCAAUACCCCCCUCCACGAGAGUGACUUCUCCGGUGUGACGCCUCAGAGGCAAGUUGUUCAAACUCCGAACACCGUGCUCUCCACGCCUUUCAGGACUCCCUCUCAUGGAUCCGAAGGACUGACUCCUCACGGUGGGAUGACUCCAAAGCCCGUAGUGGGAGUCACGCCUGGUAGGACUCCACUUCGUGAUAAAUUAAAUAUAAAUCCUGAAGAAGGAAUGGUGGACUACAGCGAUCCAUCAUAUACGAAGCAUAUGGAGAGAGAAUCCCGUGAAAAUCUGCGUCUAGGGCUCAUGGGCCUUCCUGCUCCCAAGAAUGACUUUGAAAUUGUCCUACCAGAAAAUGCAGAAAAGGAGCUUGAGGAUCACAAUGCCGACGAUGCCUACAUAGAAGACGCAGCAGAUAUGGAUGCUCGCAAGCAGGCUAUCCGAGAAGCCGAGCGCAUCAAGGCCCUCAAGCAGAUGCACAAAGCGGUCCAGAAAGACAUGCCCAGACCCUCCGAAGUCAACGAAACAAUCCUGAGGCCCCUGAACGUGGAGCCCCCUCUGACCGAUUUACAGAAGAGCGAAGAGCUGAUUAAGAAGGAGAUGAUCACCAUGCUCCACUAUGACCUCAUCCAUCACCCUUACGGGGAGCUGCCCGGGGUCAAAAAGGGGAAAGCCCCGGGAUUUGGCACCAGUAGCACAGAGCACAUCAUGUACCUGGAACACAAUUCUUACGACAAGUUCUCGAAGGAAGAUAUCAAGAAG